AAUCUCCCCUUCGAUUCUCUCUUGCUCCCGACCGUUUCUCCUCCCGUCACUCCACGAGGCACGAGCGGAUCCCGCACUUUAGCUCCCCGCUUCAUCUCCUUAAUCUUACCCAAUUCGUAACUCAGGCAAAAAUCAAGGCCGCCCUACCUUGCCCUACUGGGUCCUCCGCCCGUGAGAUUCCAUGGCCGCCGCUGCCGGAGCGGCGGCGCUCGGCGGCUCGAGCCCGAACCCGAACCCUAGCACCAAGGGCCCCGGGUCCCGGCCGGCGGGGAAGCCCGUUGCGCUCGCCGACAUCACCAACACCGGCCGGCCCAACCAUCCCAGAUCCGUCAGCGUCGGCGACAUCCUCAAGGAGAACUCCAAGCUGGCUCAUCUGCUUGCGGAGAAAACCAAGAUCAUCGAGCUCAGCGGCGUUGAGAUCCAGAAGCUGCGCCUCGCUCUGCAUGCCACACACCAGAAGAAUUUGCAACUUGCGCAGGCCAAUUCUCAGAUCCUCGCGGAACUAAAUCAGGGAAAGGAUAGAUUAAAGGUAUUACAACAUGAGCUUGGAUGUGCAACAGCAGUGCUUAAAGUAAAGGCUUCAGGGCUUGAGAACAAUAUGAACACUGUUAACCAACUACAGAAGGAAGUAACUUCACAGGAGAUAAAAGCUGCACCUUCCGAGCUCCCAAAAGGUGAUGCUCGUCGAACUGAUAAUAAGGCCACCACUGUUAACAUGCACUGUUCAGUUGAAACACAAACUGCUGUGCCAUCUAAUAUUGUCCAUCAUGAGGCGCCACCAGAUAAAACAAAAAAGAGGACGUCAGUGAGUAGGUGCACAAAUAAAGAAAAGUUGGAAUCAUGUGAAGGUACAAAAGGCACCAGCACAGUCCAGCAGAGCUGUAAGCCUCGCUUGCAAUCCACUGGGUCAUCGCAUCAUGAAGAUCAGAGAAACACACUACGGAGAAGGUCAGCUAGGCUGAAUGCAGGGUCUUGUGAACUGGCAGAAGUCUCUGAUGAAACCUUGGAUGAGGACACUGCCGUGGCUUCAUCUUCUAGUUGCAGUGUGACAGAACUUCAUGAACCAAAUUGUGGAAAAGAUACGCAGAAGGCAACACAAGAUGAACUCUUAUGCAAUGCAGCAGGGCAUAAAGUAAAGACUUCAGUACUCAAGAAAAAUAAGAUGAAUAAGCAAACCCAGAUGGAAGUGAAUUUGAAGGAGGUGAUACAAGAAGCAUGCUCCAGCUUUGCUGGAGUUGAGGACCUUGAGGCACGACAAACUGACAAUAAGGUCAUGAAUACCAAGCCAAACCAUUUGGUAGAAACUCAAUCUUCUGUGCCAUUUAAUAUUCAGCAUACAGAACCACCCCAGGAGAGAGCAAACAAGAGGGGUGUAAACAAACGGAAGUUGGAAUCGUAUGAAGGUCGAAAAGACACAAACAUAGAGGACAUUAAUGCCAGACUUCACUCAACUUCUAGUGAACCGCUGCAUCAUGAAGAGACAAGAAAAUCUCUAAGAAGAAGAUCCUCAAGACUGAACCCAGGAUCUUGUGAGGUCACAAAUGACACUCUUGAGACUGCGCAAGAUAUUGCUCCUUUAGCCGCCCCUUCCAGUUUAAAUGUCUCGAUCGAGCAGAGCAAAAAUGAGAAGCAAAAUGACCGCUGUGCCUGUGAACCUUCCGAAGAGCAAGCCACAGAGAGACGUUCUUCUGUGCAGGUGACAGGUAGAAGGUCUUCGAUGCGGACAUCAGGAAAGGCCGUCUCUUACAAAGAGAUACCCCUGAAUGUAAAGAUGCGACGGCCUUAACUACAGUUAGUAACAUCUAUGUGUGUGUGUGCGUGUGUGUCUAAAGGAGUAGAAUUUUUAUUGUUGUAUUGAUAUUGAUUGUAUCCUGUUGUUUUGCCUUAGCAGGGAGGACUGCGGUCUCUGCAACUUCCCAUAUCUGUGUAGAACUGAACUGACCAUCGAUUUAUUGGAGACUGCCCAGACAUUGUUUCCUAUUCUGAUCGUGCACAAAUGCAGUCAACAUUAGUGAGAUUA